GCCAAGAGACCAUGGCUGCUUUUGGGGCGCUGCGACGAGCGUGGGUCGCAGCGGGGGGGCUUCGCGCACAGGUUCACAGGGCAUCCACCCCUCUGGGAUGGUCCCAGGUCAAAACCCGGCUAGCUUCUCCUCAGCAUUCUCAGAACUGUUACGUUGUGCUUUUCAGACCCACAAUCCGACAUCAGAGCACUGCGGCGGUCGCAGGGACACAGGUUGUUCAAGACGCAGCAAAUGCACCAGUAGAGACAAUCCUCCCUUUGGAGGAAAUUAGCCAAAUAGCAGAAGAAUCGACUUUGGCUGAACUGGGUCUGGGAAGCUUCAGUCCAGUGGGUCUAAUCAUGAAGAUCUUGGAGUCUUUGCACUUGGAUAUGGGGCUGCCUUGGUGGGGAGCCAUUGUAGGAGGAACCCUUCUGGCUCGCUGUUUGGUUUUUCCCAUCAUUGUAAAAUGCCAGCAACAGGCAGUGAACCUCAAUAACCAUUAUCCCCAAAUGAGCGAGAUGAAUUCCAGAAUCAGCAACGCCAGGAAGUCAGGGAAUCAGAAAGAAUUUCUGAAGGCUUACACGGAAUUGAACCAGUACCAGAAAGCCCAUAAUCUUAAUCCUAAAGUAGGAUUCCUCGCACCCUUGGUCCAGAUGCCUAUCUUCAUCUCCUUCUUCUUCGCCCUACGUAAAAUGGCGGAAUGUCCUGUACCCAGCAUGCAGACAGGGGGAAUAUUGUGGUUCACGGAUCUUACAACCUCGGAUCCUUACUACGCUCUACCCCUGCUAACAACUGCUAGCAUGUUGGCUGUUCUGGAGCUUGGGGCAGAAACAGGAGUCUCAAAUCCAAGUUACCACAUGAUGAAAACAAUUUUCCGAGUGAUGCCUAUCCUGCUGUUGCCAAUCACAAUCAACUUCCCCACGGCCAUCUUCACCUACUGGCUGACCUCCAACCUGUACUCGCUGGGCCAGGUGUUGUUGUUACGCCUGCCAUCUGUUCGCACAUUUUUCCGCAUCCCGAAACAGCAAGUUCACAAGCCUGCGGAGGGAGAAACCCAGAAGGGAAUGAUUGACAAUUUGAAAGAUGGCUGGGAGACCUUCCAGUCCAAAAGACGACUACAAGAACGAGAGGACCGUAUCAAAAACCACCUGACAUUAGCAGCGUCGGGGCCGUUGCGUCAGACCUUUGCCGAGAACCCCUUGAAGGACCUGCAGCUCGAGGCUAGCAAACCGCCGCCGAAAAAGCGACCCUGGGAAGAUACGUUAAUCUGAAGGCAACAGGACUUUGCUCCAGUUCUCCUCCAGUUCCUCGUCCCCUCGUCGUUCCGUUCAUCUCUAAUAAAGGAUUGGUUUUGUUUUGCUCCU